AUGGCAACGCCUUUGCAGAUGCCCCCUCUGCCGCGAGAUGCUCUACAAGUACUAGACGUACUCGAGAGACGACUUUCUGAUGUUCAAGCGACCCUACGGGAGCUUCAACCGGCGACGCAAUCCGGUGACGUGCCAGACACGAGUGUCCACGACUUGCGACAGGAUGUCGAGCUCGUGCAGAGAGAUAUAGAGGAGCUGUUACUCAUAGCCGAAGAACAAGAGCAUCCCUCGACUCGCCAAACGAUACUCAGCCUGGUUGCCGAGACACAAGCGAGCGUUCAGUCAUGCACCGUCGAGUUACGAGCAGUCAGUCUAGCGCAGUACAGAGCUUCCAAGAAGCCGGCCACUGCAAACAAAGCAAGAACCUCGAGGAGGCGGCGUAGCACGCUCACUCGGCCUGCUUCAAGCUUGAGCAACGACAGCGAUAGGGCUGGCAAAGCUUCGUAUUCUCCCUCGACCUUACGAGAAGAGGCGCCACUACUGCCACCUCGUGCCAAUGGCAAUGGAAGAGACGCUGGCACAAAGCAGAGCAGCUCGUCUGACGACGCCCUCAUGAGCGCGACCUCAGAUGUCACCGAAGGACUUCGACGAACGCUGGGUCUCAUGCAGACUGAGCUCGAUCGCUCUAUGAUAUCCACGCAGCUAUUAGAGCAAUCGUCUACUACACUUACCGCGACUUCUGAUCGAUAUUCGUCUUUCAGCGGUCUGCUCGACGUCUCGAAGCAACUCAUCACCUCGUUGCAAAAUUCCGAUUUUCUAGACAGGCUCAUCAUUUUGGCUGCUCUGACGCUGUUCGGUCUUGUCUGCCUGUACAUCCUCAAGCGACGCGUGCUCGACAAGGGUCUUCGUGUGGCGGGCUUGUUCGCUCGCUUGCUGCCUAUUGGGCUCAUCAAACGUGCACUGCCCUCACUAGAUCUCAGUCGGCUCAUCUCGGCCAGUAAUGCAUCGCUAGAAGUCACACCAGCCAGCGCAGACUCGCUGGACGUAGGCGAAGGAUUAGCUAAAGUGCUGCCCACCAGUAUACUGGCCGCCGUAGCAUCCAGUGCAGAGGCAUAUCUGCAGCCCACACCGCUUGUGAGCCACGUCGACAAAGAAGAGGAGCGGCCUUUCAGACAAGGCCUCACUGUCGAUCUUCAGCCAGAAUUCUCGACCGAAGCACUCGAAAAGGGCGACGAGACCUUCGAGGGGUACGCCUACGAUCCACACGAGCAAGAUGCGUUCGCGAAUAACGCUAGUACUAUUGCUUUAUUCGAUGCUGCCGAGAUUGAUUACGCUCUUGCUAUGGAACCCUCAGAAGCUGCCUCGGACGAGCAUCUGAGCCCGCUCAGCCAAGAAAGCCUCUCUUCAGACGAGCAGGCUGGCCCGACUUCAUCCGAGCAAGAUGACAUUACCCAGAACAGUCCAGAGAUUACGCUCGCUUCCGAAUCAGAGGACAUGAUCUCACAAGAGCAUCAUGCUGGCGACUCAGACACCGAGCAAGUGCUGCGACUGCCCACAGAUACCCUCGCGGCCAUGGAAGACGAUGCACGAGACCGACUGCCUCAUGCGCAACCGAGCGACGAUGCACGAGACCAAGUAUCCGAUGCAGAGCUUAGCGAGGAGGCAGCUCUAGAAUCAGAAGCGAUAGCUGCGCCGCCUCUUGAUCAACCGGAAGAUCAGAUGGCCGAGACAGCGGACGACGGUUCUCUACGACAGGAAGCUAGCAAGGGAGCCAUGCCUGACGAUGAAGAGCCUGCUCAGCCUUUGCCUGCCACAGCGCCCGAGCUAACGGAUAGGGAUGCCGCAGACGACGUCCCAGAUGGCGAGCCUGCUGAUCCUGCACCUCUGCCGCUUGUCAGGUCAUCGAACGAUGAGGAUGCAGCGCCAACAGGGGAGCUCGAAGAAGGGCUGCCGACGAUGGCACCAUAUGUCGAAACGACGCCCGAUGAGAGCGCUCCAAUAGCGGAUACAGAGACUGGCGGCGAGGACAGUACCCGUGUCGACGCUGAGCAUGCAGAGUCUACAGCACACCCUGGCGAGCUUGCGCACGAUGAUCUAUCUGGAGCAGACUCUACGCUUGCUGAGCCCAUCUACGCAGAGGAGCAGCAGUCUGUUGCGAGAGACUAUGUAGACGCUGCAUUUGACGAGCCGACAAGUUCGAGCAACGAGAUGGGACAGGAGGCUACAGAGGUGCCUGACGCUCUCAGCGCGCAUCUAGACGUGGGCGAUUCAUUCUCAUCAAGCGUGGAGGAAGACGUCACCCUGGACCCUGAGCCUGAGGAGCAAUCUAGCAAUGGCGCUACUGCUGUUGAUAGCGGAGAUGACGCUUUAGCGCCUUCAAAGACUCUGGAAGAACAAGAGCCAGACUUCUCUUUCGAUCCCGACUUCGGGAAGGACGCAAACGUUGCGACAAUAAGCACUCCCGCUGCUCACGAGGACGAGGGGGAACAUGACGAAUUCACCCCUACGAGAACACGCGAGGAAGAUCUAGGUCUCGUGGAGCUCGAGGAUACUGACCAGCUCGAGGACAUGGAUGACGAGGCCAUGGAUCCUGAUCAAGAAUUGACGCUAUCAUUCGAGCUGGCUGAGCAAUCCGAGGAGGUCAUGUCCACUCCAAAUACACACGAAGGCCCACUAGAGACUGGCAAACUGUCUCAGACCGAGAAACUUGGUGUUCGUGCCGUGCCGACUGCGGCGCGACUGCAAGAUCAGCUUCAUUUGGAGCUUUAA